AUGGUAGAAAUUGCAGAGGUUGAGAAACUAGCAAAAAGCAAGAAGCAAAAGAAGGCCGAAAAGGUGUCAAGGCCAAGGGAUGAAGGAGCCUUAAAUAAUGACAAUGGCAUACCUAUUGAAGCUGAAGAAACCGAACCAAGGAAGAGGUCCGAUGGGAUAAAGAAGGUAAAAGCAAAUCUUAAGCGAGGAGGUGGUGAAGCUUGCAUGGAAGCAUUGGACAAGAUGUGA